AUGGCAGAGAAGGCCCGAAGAUGGCGCCAAUGCCACUACAACCACCAUCGAAUCAGGCUACGCUACCUGGCGGGGGCGACCCAAUGUUGGCGUCCACGACGCUACCGCAAGCGCCUCCGGCUCCGCUAGAUGGCGGGGGCGACCAGAUGUUUCCGUCAACGACGUUACCGCAAGCGCCUCCGGCUCCGCUAGAUGGCGGGGGCGACCAGAUGUUUCCGUCAACGACGUUACCGCAAGCGCCUCCGGCUCCGCUAGAUGGCGGGGGCGACCAGAUGUUUCCGUCAACGACGUUACCGCAAGCGCCUCCGGCUCCGCUAGAUGGCGGGGGCGACCAGAUGUUUCCGUCAACGACGCUUCCAGAAGCGCCUCCGGCUCCGCCACUUCGUGUGGGCGACCCGAUGGGGUCAAUGCCGCCACAAGCAUCGCCGGGCCAGGCUGAACAAGAUAAACGCCCGCUGCCGCCUCCACCGCCUUCGUCCUCUAGUGGGGUCGGCACGGCGACAGGGUCAGUGCUGCGACCAUCAGCACCUCUGCCAAAGGAUAGCGGAGGCGGCCCGAUGCCGAUGACGUCAAUCUCCAGCGCGCCGCUACCAGUACCACCACCGCCGCCGGCUCCUCCACAGUCUGUUAGAAACGACAUGGAAAACCCAAUGGAGUCAAUUCCACCGCAGCAACCACCUCCGCCGCCGCGAAGUAUGAGUGGUGGAGGCGGGGGCCAACAACCAGCGCCAGAUAUUGGCGCAAACUCCCUUGAGCCGGCGGCCUUGAAAGACCCGUCGCUCUCACCACAACGCCCAAACAAGCCAAGUGGAGGCGGAGGGAGCAGCUCGAUAGAACCACAAGCGCCGGUACCGCCACCGCCUCAAGCUCCUCCUGCUCCGUCCGUGACGCCACUGCCGGACCGGGGGCAACCUAGCGGGACCGGCUCGCCAGGGGCCCAGCCGUCGUUGAUAAAGCCGCCGCUUCCACGACGUCGACCACCGGACGAGAUGAAAGGUACAGAGGGCGGCGGCUCGUCCAGUAUGCGGCCGCCCGCAACAAAGCCGUCACUUGCACCGCAGCCCCCGUUGGAGAAACUUCUCGCUAUCGGGGAGCGCUCCUCCAGUACGGGGCCGCCCCCUGGCAAGGCGCCUGUUCCACGACAGGGCCAGGUAGAGCGUGUCGCGGACGGUGGGCCGCCCGGGCCACGACGUGGUGGGGUUGGUUCUACCGAAGAUGCCAGUCCGGCAAGGCAGAGGGCAAGUUCACAACCGUCGCAGCCUAGUAGCCGCAACGGCCCGGCGACCAGUGCGCAGCAAAGCCUGGCUGAACCAAAAACAGUGUCGCGAGACACGCUCACGCGACAGCGUAGCGAGGACAGAUCGAGGACCGAUGCCCCGACAAGAUUGCCCUCAUCAAGUUCACCACCGCCGCGACAUGAUGGCGGACACGCCUCGGGCAGUGCGCUACGCUCAUUACCACCUCGCGGACGUGGCGCCGGCGGCCUGACCGGUGCGUCGCUGCGCGCAGGGCAACGUGAACCACCACCGCGUGGAGAGCGUGGAUUUGACGCCAGCGACACGAUCGAUGCGCCGCCGCGCUCGCGGCCAAGUUCGGUAAAACCAACACAUCAAGAUGAGGUUGGGCAUGGCCAUGGCAGUGGCGACCCUGCCGGUGCGCAGAAAGGCUUGAUGGGGUCGCCGUCCCAAAAACCGCAACUACGUAGCGGGGGCGGCUUGAUCGGUCCAAAGCCAAAUAUGAUGGAGACGCCUCUUUCACGACCAUCGGCCCAGCAAAAAAGUGUGGACGGCCCUCCAACCAUUGCGAAGCCACGCUCGAUGGGAUCAGUGUCGCCGAACGCACCGUCGAUACGUGACAGGGCUCGAUCGACCGGCGCCCCAGCAAGCCGGAGGACAACUUCACAAUCUUCACAACGAUCGCAAGCUAAUAGUAGCCGGAACGGCCCAGGAACGCGGGUGCAGCAAGACAUGGCGGGGCCGAAACACUUGUUGCCACGAGAGACGCCGCAACUUGACAGAGUCGGAUCGACCGGCGUACCGGCAAGGUCGCCGCCAAGUUCACAACCACCGCAAUUUGGACAGCGUGGGCGUAGUCCUCCUCCUCCCGCCCGCCCGAACGGAGCGGCGUCGCGCUCGGAGCAGAGCACAUCACAACCACGUGAGCGUGGCUAUGGCGAUUCACCAAAAACAAUACGGUCGGACUCGACACCACCACCGGACUGGCUUGGCCGUCGGGGUGGCGGCCCGUCCGCUGCGCGUGGCGGAUUGGUGGGAUCAAAAAUGACGCAGGUUGGAAAGCCGCCACAAGAAGAACGUAUCCGGGAUGGAUCAUCGCCCCCUCCGCGCCCGGCCUUGCGGAUGUCGUCUCCAUCACAACUGAACGAGCGUGGCCAGGUCGGCUCCCCCAGUGCUCGGCCGCGCUCCAUGGCAGCGUCGCCGUCACGGCUGGCGCAGCAACAGAAUGUUGGCGCCGGCCCGGCCGCUGCGCGGCAAGACCGGCCGAGGCCAAACGCGGCACGACCACCGUCGUUGCCGAGCCCGGCCAGUGUGCCGAAAGCCUUCUUGGCGGCGCCCGUGCCGCAAAAGCUGCCGCCCGGGAGCAGGGGUGGCUCGGAAAUCGGCGCGAAGCAAGAACCGACGAGGCCAGCGUUGCCAAAACCGGCUUCACGUACUAGCAGCAGGACCAGGGGCGGCUCGAUCGGUGCGAAGGAAGGCUUGAACAUGGGAUCAAGACCAGCGUCACGGGAACCGCCACCACCUUCGAACCGGGGCGAUGCGCAGCGACCAGGCUUCAUUGGCGCGUCAACUAUUUCGCGAGCACCGUCGCAACCGGCCGGGCCGACAGGAGCGCCGGACCGAUUGAGGACACGUUCACAACCACCGCACCGGAGCGGGGCCGGCUCCGUGGCCGGCGACGCGCCGAGACGCCUCGGGGCGAGUUCCCAAGCACCGCCCCGUAGCGGGGCCGGUUCCGGCGCUGGGAUCGGCGUGCCGCCGCGCUCACGCGCGAGUUCGCAAGAAUCACGGAACCCUAGCGGGGCCGGCCCGACCGUAGCUGAUGCGCAGCCGCGCUCAAGUGCAGCAAGUUCAGAAGCAACACGCCGUAGCACCAGUUCGAACGGCCCAAUCCGUGCAGCGCCGGGCCCGGCGGGCCCCCCACCGUCUAGACGGGGCGGCCCAAAAAUGGGUGCACCGCCUCGCCCCGGGCCGCAGCGUUAUGGAAAUGGGAGCGGCCAGACAGAUGCAGUGCCGGGCGCUGGGCCGCCCUCUCGACCGGCGACUGGUGCCGCGCCGCGCCCGGGGCCGCGGCGUAACGGCGACGGGGGCGGGGGCGGCUCAACCGGUGUGGCGCCGCAGUUGGGGAAGCCGUCAUCUAGACCCGGCGGACCGGCGGCUGGUGCAUCGCCUCGCCCCGUGUCGCAGCUUAACGGCAACGGCGGGGGCGACCAACGAGCCGUUGUAACGGCACGUUCGGGGUCCUCACCUAGAAGACGUACAGCUACAGCAAAAUCUCCAGCCCAAUCCUUCACUGCCUUAAAAGCGACCCCAACAAAGCAGAAUCCCAAACGGGCUGGCCGUGGCAGCUCGGCCCAGGCGGCUCGGCCGGGGCAGCGCAACCGGCUUCAGCGGUCGGCGCCUGGUGCGCAGCGCAGUGCAAGUCUAAGUUCUCGAGGGCGGCCACAAGAAGUAAGACCACAUCCACGACUCCAACAACCCGCGUCCUUUGCUGAGCGCGAGGUCGACGAUGCCGUCUCCCGGGCCCGACAUAUUGAUGAUCACCCCGAUAGUGACACUUCCACAGCAGCUGCUAGUACAACUGAUGACGCUCCUUCUUCUGCAGAGCAAGAGAACCGUUCUGGACUGGAGGGAGCGCAAGCAAAACACAAUCUUGUGGACCGACUGAUGGGUGCGCAUGCGCAAGUUGCACAACAUGACCGCGAUGAAGCUACUACUACUAGUCUGCGAGAGCAGCACCGCACCAGCCCCAGCGCACCACAGGACGACUUGCGAAAGCGAGGAUCAGGCGGAUGGAAAAGCCGAGGCAGCAGAGGGCUUCUUGCAGUCUAAUGGCUGCGCCCAAGUUUUUGUUCUGUAAGGAAUCAUGUUUAUGCCAUGGCCUCUGUUGCUUCUUUGGAAUGCAGCUGUCUAUUUUGAUAUUUUCUGUGAACAAGAGGCGUAGGCGGCCUCAGAAAGUUCGCAAUUUUGUUCUAUUUUCUUUCUUGCUAUUCCAAGUAUUGAUUUGAUUUUUACGAAUACAAACAGCGCGUGAUGCAGUACAGACUGAUUUUUACCAGGCACAUAAUUCGUGUAUUUUAUUUGUUUGAAGAUUGUUUUGCAUAGUCGAAUCGUGCACUACUUUAUUUUGUUCGCCAAAGAAAGGAAAAUAUGAAUCAUGUACAAAAAAGAUGCUUUUCGUUGUCACAUACACAUACAUCAUACUUUCUCUCUUCGUAAUUUUUCCAGAGCAUUGAACGACAUUGACGCGAGGAUUCAAUCGAUAACAAGGUGCUCUAAAUCUAAUGUCAGGGAUGCGUUUAGUUUGAGUUUCGUUUCUGAUUCUGCCAUUUCGUUUCUUGCAACGGGUUCAUUCCCGCACUCUCACAUGGAUGCAUCAGUGUGAAUCUACUAAACUUGUCCUCGUGGAGCGCCAAUGUCAUGUGGAGUGUUCGAGCGAAAAACCAAACAGAAAAAGAAAAACCCAAAUAAAGAGAAAGACCGCGCCCGGCUCGAAACCGAAAGAAG